AUGGCUGGUGUCCCCAGGGUGACGAUGGUGACACCGGCAGUACUGCGGCUGGAGACGGAGGAGCGGGUGGUCCUGGAGGCGCCGGGGUUGACCGCCCCCACCGAGGCCACUGUCCUGGUGCAGGACUUUCCCCGCAAGCGCCACGUGCUCUACCAGAUCCGCGUGCCGCUGAGCCCCGCUGAGGGCAUGUUGGCCAGCACCACCAUCAAGGUGUCGGCCAAGGCGCUGCCGCAGACAGUGGGGAAGCAGUUUGUCUCCGUGACGGCGCGGGUGGCCCAGGUGACCCUGGAGAAGGUGCUGCUGGUGUCACUCCAGAGUGGCCACAUCUUUGUGCAGACCGACAAGCCCAUCUACACCCCUGGCUCCACUGUGCUCUGCCGCCUCUUUGCUCUGGGCCACCUCAUGGAGCCAGCGCCCAAGACGGUGAUCGUGGAGAUCAAGACACCUGAUGAUGUCAUCAUCAAGCAAGUACCUGUGUCCUCGCCAAUGAAGACCGGCAUCUUCUCCCUCAACCACAACCUGCCUGAGGUUGUCAGCAUGGGGAUAUGGACGAUAAUGGCCAAAUUCGAAGACUCACCAGAACAGGUCUUCAGCACCCAAUUUGAAGUCAAGGAGUAUGUGCUGCCAAGCUUUGAGGUGGUCCUGGAGCCGGAGGAGAAGUUCCUCUACAUUGACCGGAAGGAGGAUUUCCGAGUGUCCAUCACGGCCAGGUACCUGUACGGGAAGCGCCUGCAGGGGACAGCCUUUGUCCUCUUUGGCGUUAUGGUGGAUGACGAGAAGAAGGGCAUCCCCCAGUCCCUGCGGCGCGUCCAGGUGACCGACGGGGAUGGGGAAGCCGUGCUGCCCAUGGCCAUGCUGCGGCAGCGAUUCGCCAACCCCCAGGAGCUGGUGGGACAUUCACUCUACGUCUCCGUCACCGUACUCACCGAGUCAGGCAGUGACAUGGUGGAGGCACAGCGCAGCGGCAUCCGCAUCGUGACGUCCCCAUACACCAUCCACUUCACCCGCACCCCCAAGUUCUUCAAGCCGGGGAUGCCCUUCGAUCUGAUGGUCUACGUCACUAACCCAGAUGAGUCCCCGGCUCCGCGUGUCACCGUCAAGGCUGAUGGCUUCCAGGGUCUCGUCUCCACCCAGCGUGAUGGCACAGCCAAGCUGGUCCUCAACAUGCCGGCCAACAGGGACACCGUCCCCAUCACUGUGCGGACGGACCAGCCGGGGCUGCCUGCCGACCGCCAGGCCUCACGGCAGAUGACUGCCGAAGCUUACCGCAGCCAGGGUGGUUCCGGCAACUUCCUCCACCUGGCCGUGGGGGCCACUGAGCUGCAGACUGGUGACAACCUCGCCGUGAACUUCCACCUCAAGAGCAACAGCAACGCCGUCCGUGACUCCGUCCCGUACUUCACCUACCUGAUCAUGAGCAAGGGACGCAUCAUCCAUGUGGGGCGACAGCGGCACGAGGCUGGCCAGAGCCUGGUCACCAUGUCGCUGCCAGUGACGGCCGAGCUCAUCCCCUCCUUCCGCAUCGUAGCCUACUACUACGUGAUGCCCGGCGAGAUUGUCGCCGACUCCGUCUGGGUUGAUGUCAAGGACACUUGCAUGGGCACCCUGGUGGUGAAGGGAGCGACGGAGGCUGACAACCGGGUGCACGAACCGGGGACACCCAUGCGGCUGCACAUUGAGGGUGACCACAAUGCCCACGUGGGGUUGGUGGCUGUGGACAAGGGCGUCUUCGUCCUCAACAAGAAGAACAAGCUCACCCAGUCCAAGGUUUGGGACACGGUGGAGAAGAGUGACAUCGGCUGCACCCCGGGCAGUGGGAGGGACAACGUGGGUGUCUUUGCUGAUGCUGGCCUCAGCCUGGUCACCAACGUGAACAUCGCCACGCCACAGCGAGGGGAGGUCCUGUGUCCCCAGCCUGCGAAACGCAAGCGCCGCUCCCUGCAGCUCAUCGAGUACAAAGGCAGCAAAGCGGCUGAGUACACGGACAAGACGCUGCGCAAGUGUUGUGAGGACGGCAUGAAGGAAAACCCCAUGAGCCACAGCUGCGAGCAUCGGACCAACUACAUCCAGGACGGAGAAGCCUGCAUCCGGGCUUUCCUCGACUGCUGCAACUACAUCAAGGGCAUCCACGACCAGAAGCAGCGCGAGCUCCACCUCGAGCUGGCUCGAAGGGUUGGGCCCCUGAAGCUAUGGUCAAGAAGGACGCUGCCAUCCCCAGGUGAGGAGAACGAAGUCUUCCUGCCUGACGAGGACAUCACCUCACGGACCCUCUUCCCGGAGAGCUGGCUGUGGCGGGUGGAGCCGCUGACAGAGCAGCCCAAUGAGCUGGGAAUCUCCACAAAGACUCUGCCUGUGUACCUGAAGGACUCCAUCACCACGUGGGAGGUCCUGGCCGUCAGCCUCUCACAGACCAAGGGGCUGUGCGUGGCUGACCCCUAUGAGAUCACGGUGAUGAAGGAGUUCUUCAUCGACCUGCGCCUGCCCUACUCCGUGGUGAGGAACGAGCAGGUGGAGAUCCGUGCCAUCCUCUACAACUACUGGACGCAGGAAAUCACGGUGCGCGUGGAGCUGAUGUACAACCCAGCCCUGUGCAGCGCCUCCACCUCCAAGACGCGCUACCAGCAGAUCCUCCGCCUGAAAGCCCAGUCAUCGUGGGCCGUGCCCUUCGUCAUCGUGCCCUUGCAGCUGGGGCUGCAUGACAUCGAGGUGAAGGCAGCCGUCCGGGGCAAGCUCGUGUCUGACGGUGUCAAGAAGAAGCUCAAAGUUGUGCCUGAAGGGAUGAGGUUGGAGAAGACUGUGACGAUAGUUGAGCUGGACCCGAAGACGAAGGGAAUCAAUGGUGUACAGGAAGAGAAGGUGAGGGCAGCAAACCUCUCUGACAUUGUCCCCAACACUGAGUCAGAGACCAAAGUCAGCAUCCAAGGCAACCCUGUGUCCAUCAUGGUGGAGAAAGCCAUUGACGGGGACAAGCUGAAGCAUCUCAUCACGACACCAUCAGGAUGCGGGGAGCAGAACAUGAUUGGGAUGACGCCCACUGUCAUUGCCACCUACUACCUGGACAGCACGUUGCAGUGGGAAAGCCUUGGUGUUGACCGCCGCACUGAGGCCAUCAACUUGAUUAAAAAGGGUUACACGCAACAACUUGCUUUCCGGAAACCUGACAGCUCCUAUGCCGCCUUCAAGGACCGCCCAUCAAGCACCUGGUUGACAGCCUACGUGGCCAAAGUCUUUGCCAUGGCCAUCAAGCUGGUAGACAUUGAGCCCGAGGUGGUUUGUGGUGCCGUGAAAUGGCUCAUCCUGGAGAAGCAGAAGCCAGACGGGAUUUUCCAAGAAGAUGCUCCUGUCAUCCAUAAGGAGAUGGUGGGAGGCUACCAGGGUGCCGAGCCCGAGGUAUCACUGACAGCCUUUGUCCUCAUCGCGCUGCAGGAGGCCCGGGAGGUCUGCAAGGACCAUGUCAACAGCUUGGACGGGAGCAUUGCCAAAGCCUCCGAAUACCUUGCCCGGAGGUACCAGUUGCUGGCCCGACCCUACACGGUGGCCCUGACCUCCUACGCCUUGGCUCUGACGGGGAAACUCAAAAGCGAGAAAGUUCUCAUGAAGUUUUCCAAAGAGGGCAAACGCUGGGAGGAACGCAACGCCCAUACCUACAACAUCGAGGGGACGUCCUACGCGUUGCUGGCCUUGCUGCAAAUGGAGAAGCCGGAGAUGACGCAGGUGGUGGCCCGCUGGCUUGCCCAGCAGAACUACUUCGGUGGUGGCUACGGAUCCACUCAGGCCACCAUCCUGGUAUUCCAAGCGUUGGCCAAGUACCAGAUUUCAACUCCGCGGCAGCUUGAGCUCAACCUCGACGUGUCGGUGCUGCUGCCGCGCCGUGCCAGUGCCGUCACCUACCGCAUCGAGAACCGCAACGCCCUGGUGGCACGCUCUGCCGAGACCAAGUUGAAUGAGGACUUCACGGUGAAAGCUGAGGGCACGGGCAAGGGGACGAUGACAGUGGUGACCAUCUACAAUGCCAAGGUCCCCGACAAGGACAACAAGUGUGACAGUUUCGACCUGCGGUUGCACGUGGAGGAUGUGAAGACAGGCAAGGAACAGGACAACGUCUUCCGCUCCAUCAAGAUCACCAUCUGCACCAGGUUCCUGGACAAUGUGGAUGCCACCAUGUCCAUCCUCGAUGUCUCCAUGCUCACUGGCUUCUCGCCUGACUUCCAGGACCUGAAGAGGCUCACGGAGGGGGUGGACAGGUACAUCUCCAAGUAUGAGAUCGACCAAGCACAGUUGGACCGCAGCAACCUCAUCAUCUACCUCGACAAGAUCUCGCACAAGGCCGAGGAGUGUUUCGCCUUCAAGGCCCACCAGCAAUUCCGGGUGGGCUUGAUCCAGCCCGCGGCCGUCACCGUCUACAGCUACUACAAGAUUGAUGACCGCUGCACCCGUUUCUACCAUCCGGACAAGGACAGUGGGCAACUGAGCAAGAUCUGCUACGGGGACGUAUGCCGCUGCGCCGAAGAAAACUGCUUCGUGCGGCACAAGGAAAAUGUCCCGAUCACCGUCAACCAACGCAUUGAGCGCGCCUGCGAGCCGGGAGUUGACUACGUGUACAGGGUGAAGCUGAUGGCAAUGGAGCAGUCGCCGUCCCAUGACAACUACAUCAUGACCAUCAUCUCUGUCAUCAAGAUGGGCACCGACGAGGACCCAAAAGGAAGCAACCGGACCUUCGUGAGCCACCGGCAGUGCCGAGACGCUCUGAGGCUCCAGAUCGGCCAGGACUACCUGAUCUGGGGGAUGGCCACCGACCUGUGGUUCACCGGCCGCUGGUAG